CUCUAUGCUGCUCUGCUCUCUGUCCUGACUCUCUUGUCUUAGUAACAAAUUCUGUUGUCAAGCGUUGCUAAGGAAGUGAUUAAGCUACUCUUUAAUUAGCCACUCAAAACAUCAGUAAACCACAGGUGUAUGUUAGUUAGCAAUGAGAAAGCUCCAUUCCCCUGACCACAACUGGUCUCAGGCAUGACGAGAGGAUGACUGAGAAUGGAGAGGACAGCCUCCUCCAUCAGUCCUGUGAGGCUCCUGCUAAAGGAGAUUCACUUGUCAGUGACAGCAGGGCACUCAAUACCUCUUUAGUGGAUGCCAAAUCCUGCAAGGAACACAAUGAUGCCCUUAAACUCACUGAUAGAAAUGCAGAGGGAGAGAUCAGUCUAUACCAGCCUCGGCCACCCGCACUGCCCAGACUGUCAAAGUCCAGAAAAAGUGUCUCAGUGGAGGAGGCCGUGAGAACCAGGAGGCUAAGAAACAGCCAGGAGAGUCUAAGUGACCAAGUUGGGACUGGCUCCUCCACAGACUCUCUUAAAGAGGACCAAACAGCCCCAGCUUCAGGUGGGUUUGUUCUCAGCGGUGCUGCCACCAUUAGGAAUGACCAGGACUCCAAUGUGAGACAGCUCUCCGCUGUUACAAGGGGAUCCCCAGUCUUCCGGGACAGAGGGAGAAGUCUCUCCGAGUAUGAAAGGAGGCCCACCAGCCAGCAGAGCGACCCCACAGACCACCGGGCGAGGUCCAGCAAGGUGCGUCUGUCUCCAGUGCAACCCACGGGGACACUGCCUGCUCUGGGGAAGAGCUUUGCAUCAGCCACUUUAAGGGCAGCUAAUAGGAUUGACGGGGAUUGUUUGGAUUAUGCCAUGAUGGCCAGAGAGAAACUCGGGGAGAGACUCCACAGGAACCUGAGCGACAGCCGGCUUCUGGAGAACAUGGGGUCGGAUAGUGCCUCUGUCAACUCCAUGAGAUCCACCUACAGUGUGCUUAGCCCCAUCAGGCCCCAGGAUGUGAGGAACAGGAGCUUUCUGGAGGGCAGCGUGCUGGGAAGCGGUGCCCUGCUUGGGGCUGAGGAGCUGGACCGCCACUUCCCUGACAGAAGAGUGGGCAUCUACAUAGCCACUUGGAACAUGCAGGGAGAGAAGGGUCUUCCAGCCAACUUAGAUGAUCUCCUCCUUCCAACAGACUCCGCAUUUGCACAAGACUUUUAUAUUAUUGGGGUCCAGGAGGGCUGUCCUGACAGGAGGGAGUGGGAGACCCGUCUUCAGGAGACUCUGGGACCUUAUUACGUCAUGCUGUACGCAGCAUCACAUGGCGUUUUGUAUCUCACUGUAUUUGUCAGAAGAGACCUCAUCUGGUUCUGCUCAGAGGUGGAGCAUGCCACAGUCACAACCAGGAUCAUCUCUCAGAUCAAGACCAAAGGGGCUGUGGGAAUCGCCUUUACCUUUUUUGGCACUUCCUUCCUCUUCAUCACAUCCCAUUUUACCUCUGGAGAUGCCAAAGUUUACGAGAGAGUACUAGAUUACAACAAAAUCGUCGAGGCUCUAGCUCUUCCCAAAGGCCUUCCAGACACCAACCCCUACCGCUCCACACCAUCCGACGUCACAACAAGAUUCGAUCAGGUCUUCUGGUUUGGAGAUUUUAACUUUCGGCUGAGUAAAGACCGGGUGGACGUGGAGACCAUCAUAAACCGCACAGUAGGUGGCGAUAUGGGCCCUCUCUUGGAGCACGACCAGCUCUCUAAGGAAAUGAAAGAUGGUUCAAUCUUUAAAGGCUUCCAAGAGGCACCAAUACACUUCCUCCCCACAUACAAGUUUGACAUUGGCUGUGAUAUCUACGACACUACUUCUAAACAGAGAACGCCUUCAUACACAGACAGGAUCUUGUUCAGAAGCAGGCAGGCUGAGGACAUAAAAGUGGUCAAGUACACCAGCUGCUCCUGCAUCAAGAGCUCAGACCAUCGGCCCGUCAUCAGCAUCUUCCAGGUCAAACUCAGGCCAGGCAGAGACAAUAUUCCCCUCGGUGCUGGACAGUUUGACAGAAGCUUGUACUUGGAGGGAAUUAGGAGGAGGAUCACCAGAGAGCUGAAGAGGAGGGAGGCCAUGAAGAACCAUAGUAGCAGCGCCAUCUGCACCAUCGCCUAAACCCUUAAAACAAACUCUCCAGACCAGACUCGACUGGACUGAACUGUGCCAGAAAGUGGAAUGUAAAACCAGAAAAGGACAAAAAGGAAACCAGAGUUGUCUUAAUUACACAGAGCCCAGUGCUGGUCGGUAACUGAGCAGAGUGCGCCCUCUGUCGGUCAUUGUUGGGAACUGUCUGUGUGGGCUAAGCAGCUGGCAGGACUUGAGGGCAGGGACCUUGAGGUCAGACACACAGAGAGAGGUUUGCAGACACAGCAGCAGUCUGGCCUUUAUUUAUUCAGCCCCCUCCAUUUAUUCAACAUGAAGUGGAAAGGGGGGCUGCCAUCAUGGUUUACUCUUCAGUCACAUGCUCCUGUGUGAACUGACUAACCUUAAAGGCUCUGUGUAACUACAUUCAUUU